AUGGCAGUGAAAAAAGAUUCUCAACAGCUCGUCAUUUAUUCCUACAUAUCCUCAAAGAGAACGCAGACAACAGAUAUUAAAGAGAACGCAGACAACAGAAAUCAAAGAGAACGCAGACAACAGAAAUAUCAAAGAGAACGCAGACAACAAAAAUAUCAAAGAGAACGCAGACAACAGAUAUCAAAGAGAACGCAGACAACAGAUAUAUCAAAGAGAACGCAGACAACAGAUAUAUCAAAGAGAACGCAGACAACAGAUAUAUCAAAGAGAACGCAGACAACAGAUAUAUCAAAGAGAACGCAGACAUCAGAAAUAUCAAAGAGAACGCAGACAACAGAUAUCAAAGAGAACGCAGACAACAGAUAUAUCAAAGAGAACGCAGACAACAGAUAUAUCAAAGAUAACGCAGACAACAGAAAUAUCAAAGAGAACGCAGACAACAGAUAUCAAAGAGAACGCAGACAACAGAUAUAUCAAAGAGAACGCAGACAACAGAAAUCAAAGAGAACGCAGACAACAGAUAUAUCAAAGAGAACGCAGACAACAGAUAUAUCAAAGAGAACGCAGACAACAGAAAUCAAAGAGAACGUAGACAACAGAUAUAUCAAAGAGAACGCAGACAACAGAUAUAUCAAAGAGAACGCAGACAACAGAUAUCAAAGAGAACGCAGACAACAGACAUCAAAGAGAACGCAGACAACAGAAAUCAAAGAGAACGCAGACAACAGAUAUCAAAGAGAACGCAGACAACAGAAAUCAAAGAGAACGCAGACAACAGAUAAAGAUUUGGAGUAA